UUGCUUCCUCACUUCUUACCCAUCUCGUUUGAAUUCUUCUCAACCCCUUUUUACCCAGAUCUGAAGCACCCUAAUUCCAUCUCUCCGUUGUCUCCUCAGCUAUUCCUCUUCCCACAAUCCACAAAUCUGAGCACCAAAACUGAAGAUAAGUUAUGAUCAAUUAACAGAAAAAAAGAUACCAAGUUCUGUGCUCUUUUUUGAUCUCCAAAUCAGUGACCGCGCAAUCCCUUCUUGAGCUGAAUCUUUGAGAGAAAGGGAGGGAAGCACGUCUGUAAUAUAUUACAUGGGUCUGAAAUCUCGAGAAUUCGAACCCUGAACCUCUAGUUAUGAUUCAGGGGGGAAUGACCACUGAGCUUCGUCAAUGGGCAGAAGCCUUAGUCCAUUGCUUCGACAAGAAUUGGCAAACCUCGACAAGGAUGCUGACAGCCGUAGAUCUGCCAUGAAAGCUCUAAAGUCCUAUGCCAAGGAUUUGGAUUCCAAGGCCAUCCCUCACUUCCUUGCUGAAGUCUCCGACACCAAGGGGCCUGGCUCAUCCUCUGGGGAAUGCACCAUAUCCCUCUAUGAGGUUCUGGCCAGAGUUCAUGGCCGUAACAUCGUGCCACAGAUUGGCAACAUCAUGUCCACCAUCAUGCGCACAUUGUCAUCGAGUGGAGGAUCCUUUCCACUGCACCAAGCUUGCUCCAAAGUUGUCCCUGCAAUUGCUCGGUAUGGGAUUGAUCCUUCAACCCCAAAUGAUGAGAAGACGAGAAUAAUUUCUUCUCUGUGUAAGCCUCUAUCCGAUUCCUUGAUGGGUCGACAAGAAAGUACUGCCUCUGGCGCGGCGCUAUGUCUGAAGGCUCUUGUGGAAUCAAAUAACUGGAGGUUUGCCUUGGAUGAUAUGGUUAAUGAUGUUUGUCUAAAAGUUGCUGGGGCUCUGGAGGAGAAGGUGACCCAAACGAAUGCUCAUAUGGGCCUGGUGAUGGCUUUGGUGAAACACAAUGGUCUGAUAGCUGAAGCUUAUGCAAGGUCGCUUGUGCGGUCUGGUUUACAGAUUUUAUCCAUCAGCGCUGCAGAGAGUAAUUCCCAGAAGCGUCUCUCCGCCAUUCAGAUGGUUAAUUUCUUGAUGAAGUGUGUGGAUCCAAGGAGUAUCUCUUCAGAACUUGCUAAAGUAGUCGAUGUCAUGGAGCAUUGUCAAAAUGAUCGCAUGCCAUUUGUCAGGGGUGCAGCGUUUGAGGCAUUACAGACUGCAAAGAUGAUAUCUGGACAGAAAGGUUCUAGACAUGAAAUUGUUUCAAGCCCCAUCCCUGAAACAAAUUUUCGUAAGAGAAAUGAUAAGAGUCCAUUUGGUACCAGGGGCAGUGGCUCUCAUUCUGAAUUUGCUUCUCCAGAGUCGCAGACUAUCGAUUCUUGCAUUAAGUAUGAAGUGUUCACUGAUUCACCUUUGUCGGUCGGGCAGUCUUCUUGUAACUUUGAAUGUGGUAGGCGUACUAACAGGCGACUCUGGAACAAUGAUGGUGGUGGGGUGGAUAUAUCUCUGAAGGACGGUUUUUUCAUCAAAGCCUGCUCGGAAAGUAGUGAUGCAAAAGCUGAGCUAGAGCUGUCUAGUAAAGGCAACCUGGGUGUCACAAAUAAAGAACAAUCAGAGGCAUUUUCUGGAUUUAUACAGGGCAGUGCCACAAGCACAGUAACAAGAGAUACUACCCCUAGUCCUCAGAGGUCUCGGCCACAGCUCACCAUUGAUGAUGUAAAAAUAUACACAACUCCACGGAAGCUUAUGCGUUCUCUUCAAAACUCAGCUAAUGUCAGCUCUGGAGGCCCUGACCAACAACAUAAUCAGAUUCUUGCAAGUCCAUGUUCAGGUAAAGUGGAAUUGAAUCCAAUGGUAUCAUUAAAUGGAGAUAGUCAUACUCACAACUUAAAAUCCGAGGUAGCAGAGAAAAGGAAUAAUGAGAAAGUGAUGUUGUUGGGCAAGCAUACCCUUACUCUGAAUGAAGAACUUGUGCCGGAUGGCACUGAAUCAGUGUCAUCCACUGGUGAUGUUACAGAAAAUAGUGCUUGCAAAAUAUGCAGAGAAGACUACGAAGAUAAUUUUAAGGUUUCGGUGAAAACCAAGAAAAGUCUAAAGUAUGGAAUAGCAGCUAUGGGAUUUACUUGGAGCCUUUUCUUGAUUCUUGUUGCUGUUAUUUUGUCUGCAUUGAGAACUGAAAAUGAUGAGCUUUUCUUUGAUGUUGUUCCGACAUAAUAUCUCCUUGUAGGCUUUAUGUUAUCUUUUUCAUGCUCCUCUCGCUGUAUGCUGAGAUUAAUGAACAAUUCUGACUGAUGAUUAUGUAAUUUAGACUGGCUAAAUGCAUUACUUGUGCACUUGACAUAA